AUGGAGUUCCUGCACCCAUGGGCAGAGGUGUGGGAGAAGCCGCAGGAGGCGGGGGGCGAGCCGGAGCUUCAAAGCCUGCGGCUCUGCUACGAGGCGGAGCUGGCCGAUGCCCGCCGGGCGCUGGACGAUAUCGCCAUCGAGCGGGCCACGCUGCAGAUAGAGCUGAGCAAGAUCGGCGAGGAGCACCGGCAGCUGCACAGCAGGAAUUCAAAAAAAGAAGCUGAUUUGAAACUGGCACAGGCACAUUUGAGAGACCUUGAUGCUCAGCUGAAUGCAAAGGAAGCUGACUUAGCAACAGCUUUGAAUGAGAACCGAAGUUUGGAGAAUAACCUUCGUGAAUUAAAGGAUCAAGUAGUCAAUCUGCAGCUGUCACUGGAAGAUACCAAAGAACAUCUCAACAGUGAAAUGUUGAGGAGGGUGGACCUGGAAAAUCAUAUGAAAACUUUGCAGGAACAAAUCAUGUUCCAGCACCACCUUCAUGAAGAUGAGCUCAAGGAGACGAAAAGAGUCCAUGAGAGCAGGAUAGCAGAAAUAGAAUCUGGCUGUCAGAGAGAACUUGAAAGUAAGGUCUCGGAUGCUCUGCAGGGGCUCAGAAAACAACAUGAAGAACAAAUUCAAGGAUACAAAGAGGAGCUGGAGCGAACAUUCAAUGCAAGAGUGCAGAACGCUCAGGCAUCUGCAGUGAGACACAGUGACUUUGCCAAUGCGGCUCGGGAGGAGCUGAUGGAAACAAAGCUGAGAGUUGAUGUUCUGACAUCUCAAGUUAAUCAAUACCAAAGCCAGAAUGUUGCUUUGGAGAAUAGAAUAAAGGAGCUACAGGGGAUGCUGGAUUAUGACCGUGAUCUCCAUCAAAGGUGUAUAGCUGAAAAAGAGAAAGAAAUAACACAAGCCCAGCAGCAGGCACAAGCACAGUUGGAAGAAUAUGAGCAUCUCUUAGAUGUGAAACUGGCUCUAGAUCUGGAAAUAAAUGCCUACAGAAAGAUGCUGGAAGGAGAGGAACAGAGGCUAAAGCUGUCACCCAGUCCACCUUCGCAGAGUGCUGCAACUCAAGCAACAAGUCAAGGGCGACGGCUCCUACAUGGGAAGAAAAGGAAAGUGAAAGAAGCCAGAAAGAGAGGGCACAGUGCUGGAUUUCAGACUGUUCAGCAUGCUUCAUUUUCUGGAAAUAUAUCUAUUGAAGAAAUUGAUGCAGAUGGGAAAUAUGUCAGGCUUAAAAACAAAUCUAAUGAGGAUCAACCACUACAUGGAUGGGUGUUAAGAAGACAUCUUGGAAGUGUGCCAGAUGUAACAUAUAAAUUUCCUUCACGGUUCACUCUUCAAGCGGGCCAAGUAGUUACAAUCUGGGGUGCAGCAGCUGGGGUAAGCCCAGGUCCUAGUGAUCUGGUCUGGAAGUCUCAGAAGUCUUGGGGAACUGCAGAUAAUAUUGGUGUUACACUUAUCACAGAUGAUGGUGAGGAACUUGCAGAAAGGAAGAUAAUGCUUGUACUCAGAGGAGAAGAAAGCAGUGAGCAAGAUGAUGACUAUGAAGAAAUAACUGGAAGUGAAAUGGAGUUUCCAUCUCAGGGAAAUGCUGUUUCUACUGGACUACAGAACCAAAUACAGCUUGCAACUCUGAAGCUGCAUUCAAGCCAGUUUGCCCAUAAAGGGUUCAGCUCCCUUCUCAGCACUGUGUUGUGCAGAGACAAAUUGGCAAAAGACUAA